ACUUUAAGGAGGCGGGGAUUCGGUUGCUGUGGCGGAGGCUGAUUGGCUGGGAGGAGUCCCCGGAAGUGAUGCUGAAAAAACCCACGUGUGCGCUUCCAAUUCCUAUGGCGGCGCUUCUGAAGAGGCUGCUGUGGCCUGGGUCACCGCCGGUGGCCUUAGGCCGCCCGGUGGGACGGCGCGAGGCCUGCCUGAGUACUGAUUCCGGGGCUGCGGUGCGAGUGCGGUUCGCUCCCAGUCCCACAGGCUUCUUGCAUCUGGGUGGCCUCCGCACUGCCUUGUACAACUACAUCUUUGCCAAGAAAUACCGAGGAAGCUUCAUCCUGAGGCUAGAGGACACGGAUCGAACGCGCCUUGUGCCUGGGGCAGCGGAGAAUAUUGAGGAUAUGCUGGAGUGGGCAGGCAUUCCUCCUGAUGAGAGCCCCCGCCAGGGAGGCCCUGCUGGGCCCUACCAGCAAUCUCAGCGACUUGAGCUGUAUGCCCAGGCCACGGAAGUACUGCUGAAGACUGGAGCUGCUUAUCCCUGUUUCUGCUCCCCACAGCGGCUGGAGCUCCUGAAGAAGGAGGCCUUGAGGAACCACCAGACACCCCGGUAUGACAAUAGAUGCCGGAACCUGACCCAGAAGCAGGUGACCCAGAAGUUGGCUGAAGCUCCCAAGCCUGCUAUCCGCUUCCAUCUGGAGGAAGAGGCACCAGCCUUCCAGGACCUGGUGUAUGGCUGGAAUCAGCACGAAGUGGCCAGUGUGGAGGGAGAUCCAGUCAUCCUGAAGAGUGACGGCUUCCCCACAUACCACCUGGCCUGUGUGGUGGACGACCACCACAUGGGCAUCAGCCACGUGCUGCGGGGCUCUGAGUGGCUCGUCUCCACCUCCAAGCACCUGCUCCUCUACCAGGCCCUGGGCUGGCAGCCACCUCACUUUGCCCACCUGCCCCUGCUCCUCAACAGGGAUGGCAGCAAGCUGUCCAAGCGGCAGGGGGACAUUUUCGUGGAGCAUUUUUCCACUGCCGGCUUCCUGCCAGAUGCCUUGCUCGACAUCAUCACCAAUUGUGGCUCUGGGUUUGCAGAGAACCAGAUGGGCAGGACCUUGCCAGAGCUGAUAAUGCAGUUUGACCUGACCCGGAUCACCUGCCACUCAGCCCUCUUGGACCUGGAGAAGCUUCCAGAAUUCAACAGGCUGCACCUCCGGCGGCUGAUGAGCAGUGAGGCCCAGAGGCACCAGUUGGUGGGGAAGCUGCGGGCUCUCGUGGAGGAGGUGUUUGGGAGCCAGCUGCAAGACAGGGCUGUCCUCGACCCGGCAUACAUGGAGAGGAUCAUCCUGCUGAGACAGGGUCACAUCUGCCGCCUACAGGAUUUGGUCUCCCCGGCGUACUCCUACCUGUGGACUCGCCCUGCGGUGAGCCGAGCACAACUGGGUGCCAUCUCGGAGAAGGUGGAUGAGAUUGCCAAACGGGUGCUUGGGCUUUUAGAAAGACCUGGUGUGAGCUUAACUCAGGAUGUGCUGAACAGAGAACUGAAGAAGCUGUCAGAAGGUCUGGAAGACACCAAACACAGUAACGUGAUGAGACUCCUCCGAGUGGCCCUCAGUGGACAGCCGCAAGGACCCCCUGUAGCUGAGAUGAUGGUGUCCUUGGGAACAAAGGAAGUGCGGGAACGAAUACAGAAGGUGCUUUCCAGCUAGGGAGAAGGUGUACGGGCAGCGGAAGUGGCCCUUGUGACCUCGAUGCUUGGACUGCCCUUGGAGGAGAGGAGAAGGAAGACUAGGGCCCAUCCAGAAGCUUGUGGAGCUAAGAGUAGAAACAACAUUCCUGAGUGCAUUGUGGCUGCACGCAGACCGGUCCCCAUCACUUGACCAGGGAAACUCAGUUCCAUCUCAUCUCCGUGACUCUGGAAGGAAAGUCCUUGUGUCUGGUUUCUGGCUCCACAUUAAGUGGCAGAGGUUGGUUCACGCACCAGUCAACAUCACAACAGUCGUCCAGGGUGCUUGGCAGCAGCCCAGACUCAUGGAUUCCUCAGGCUGGUAUGGAUUUACAGCGGUAAAAGAUCAUUGACACAAGCAGGACUAACUGGACAUCAGACCUCCUUUGGGGCUUGUACGGGGAGAAGUUACUCAUCUGCCAAGGUUUUAUAUACUCUGUGCUUGAACCUUGGGGCAGCCUGCUUCCUCCUUCCCUAAAAGUCAUUUCUUCCUCUUUUCCAGUUCUCCAGACCUGGUGCUUGGACUGGAGGCCUUCACCCUGCCUGUUUGCAUCUUUUUCUUCAUAUCUACCUUCUUCCACCCAUGACUUGUAAGUCAUUGUCUGAGGGCUUAUGAAAUGAGGUGUUCUUCUUGGGGUCUUAGGUAACUGGGAAUAGCUAAAGUAAAAAGAGGAUAGUGAGUGGGUAGAAAGACAAGCUGUCUUAUUUAUCUAGUGCUGCUAUAACAGAAGUACCACAACCGGGUAGCUUCAACAAACAGACAUUUAUUUUUUCACAGGAGGCUAGAAGUCUGAAUUCAG